GGUGACAGCGCACAGUCGGGCCCGCGCUCGCCGCCCGGGAGUCCGUGCCGGGCCCGAGCCGCCGCGGGGUUGCUCAUGAGGCCUCUGCCGAGCGGGAGUAGGAAGGACGGCGGCAAGCCCCUGGGGCUCCUCGCCCUCUGCCUGACCGCAGCCUGCUGUCUGCAAAGUCAGGGCGUGUCACUGUACAUCCCCCAGUCCGCCAUCAAUGCCACGGUGGAAGAAGACAUCUUGCUCUCAGUUGAGUACUCCUGCCACGGUGUUCCCACCAUCGAAUGGAAGUAUACCUCCCACUGGGGGGCACAGAAGAUCGUGGAGUGGAAGCCAGGCACCCAGGCCAACAUCUCCCAGAGCCACAAGGACCGGCUCUGCACUUUCGACAAUGGCUCCAUCCAGCUCUUCAGUGUGGGCGUGAGGGAUUCCGGCUACUAUGUCAUCACGGUGACGGAGCGUUUGGGAAGCAGCCAGUUUGGCACCAUCGUCCUGCAUGUGUCAGAGAUCCUCUAUGAAGACCUCCACUUUGUCGCUGUCUUCCUUGCUUUCCUCGCUGCUGUGGCCGCACUGUUAAUCAGCCUCAUGUGGGUCUGUAAUAAGUGUGCAUACAAAUUCCAGAGGAAGAGGAGACACAAACUCAAAGAGAGCACGACUGAGGAGAUUGAGCUGCAAGAUGUGGAGUGUUAGCCAAGGCUGCGCCCAGUUACAUUCCUACCUCAAGAGGAAGACAGGAUUUUCCACAAAAGGCGCGAACAGGGCCAGUCCACCCGCAGAGCCUCCUGCCCCCCUGCCGUAGCCACACAUUCCCGACGGUUGUUAACACAGUUGACUGCAUGGACUUGAGGACUCUGGAUUGGACAAAGCCCGUUCUAGUGCUUGCAGGAAGUUCAAGGAGAAGCCUGCGUGAGGGUCCGGGCCAC